CUGCUUUGUUUGAUGUUUAAAUCUUAUCAGUAUAACAUUGUGUAUGUCAGAGUAUAUGUCAUAUUAUGUUCUAUGUCCGUUCAUUUGCUAUUUUAGCACGUACACCUACCAUGGAGCCAAUUAACUUUAUGCAAAGUAUGUCAUCCUUUGUUUAUCCUAUCCAUCAGUAGAAAUGGACCACUAUAGGAUCACAACUGAGCAGACAAUAUUUCUCUCAGCACAGCAGUGAUGGUAGUGACAUGUUAUUGUGCUGGUCCUGCUACAAGUGUAUGUUUGUUUUUGUUUUUUAAACCUCAGUGUCACUGCUUGGUACAGAAACCAAAAUCAAAACCACCAACCAAAAAUAUCCAAACAACAGCAGUUCUGUGGUUCGAAAGUAAAAGCUGGAAGCAGGAAAAAUGGACAAGUGUAAGGAUCUGAGCAACUUUGAGAAGGGCCAAAUUGUGAUGUCUGACAACUGAGUCAGAGCAUCUCCAAAACAGCAGGUCUUGUGGGGUGUUCUUGGUAUGCAGUGGUCAGUACCUACCAAAAGUGGUCCAUGGAAGGACAACCGGUGAAACAGCGACAGGGUCACGGGCGCCCAAGGCUCUCUGAUGAAUGUGUGGAGCGAAGUCUAUCCCGUCUGGAACAAUCCCACAGAAGAGCUACUGUAGCACAAAUUGCUGAAAAGGUUAAUGCUGGCUAUAAUAGAAAGGUGUCAGAACACACAGUGCAUCACAGCUUGUUGUGUAUAGGGCUCCAUAGCCACAUCUUACAACUUGCAGGACUUAAAGAAUCUCCUACUAACAUCAUGGUGCCAGAUACCACAGCACACCUUCAGAGGUCUUCUAGAGUGCAUGCCUCGACGUGUCAGAGCUGUUUUGACGGCACAAGGGGGAAGUACACAAUAUUAGGCAGGCAGUUUUAAUGUUAUGGCUUAUAUGUGUUCAUAGUAAACCGUCUGCGCUGUUUGAAACGUGGAACUGGCAACCCGGAUGAGCAGCUUUCGGCACGCGCGAGUCAGAGUGACUGACCAAUCAUUAAUCAGUAUGCAAAUAUCCCCCCCUCUCUCCACGCUCAAUGUAAAUGUUAUAAAUAGCUACAUAUUGCAUCAACACUAAAGAUACAGCACCUAUAAUAAUAAAAGGAUGAAUUUACUCAAUUUACUUCUGAUAUAUUCUGUUCUGAGCGUCUUUUCUGAAACCGCUUCCUCUGCAGUUAAUGUUUUGAUAUGCAAAUGAGAAAUAAGUCAUUCAUAUACAAAUUACGAGUGUAUGACGCAGAUUAGGGAGAGUUGUGGAGAGUUUGUGAACAGGCGUUAAAGACCUUAGAGAAAUGAGUCUGCUGGAUGGGUAACAGAACAGUAGCGUGGGCAGACUCACUGAUGACUGUGUUCCGAGUAUCAUGAGGAUUUCAACUACACUUGAACCACUAACCUGCGGUGUGUGACCGCAAAGGAAGAAUAAGAGAGAGGAGAAUGGAGAGAAAGAAGCAAAGCUGUGAUACACUUUUUUCCUGGGUAUGCAGGAUCUCCAUGCUUUUGUUUACAGGCUCCUCUCCAGAGCCCCAAAUUAUAGGCUGUGAGCUCCUGGAGCAUGCAAACAUCACCUGUUAUUGGACUGCACACAGUUCAGAAGACAUCGCUUACAUGAUGCGGGUUAACACGUCCAAUUGUAUAAGCAAUAUAAUCUCUAUGGACUCCUGUAAUACCACGUCCACCCAGUGCUCGGUGAAAAUCGGAUCGGUGUCUCAUUGCUUCUGUGUGGACGUGCUGGUGUUCACUUUCUCCAUAUCCACCCAAUUACCACCGUACUGUUUCAGUGGGAUUACUGAAGUUAAGAUGUACACGCCGCAAAUCACAAUGCUUGCCACAGUGCCAGAAAAUGCCAGUUGUCUAAAGCUGGAGUGGAAAGAGCCACGAGCUCAAUAUGUGCAAUCCGAGAGGAUCCAUCGUGUCCUACAGAUAGAGUACCACACUCCUCAGCAGGCCUACUUUCCCAAAGUGACGGCUAUUCUUCAUGACUGGAGGAUGGACUUGUGUGACUUAUAUCCAGGAACGAAGCACUUUGUCAGGAUUCGCGCUCAGGACUUGAGAGCAGUGAAACACUGGAGUUCCUGGAGUGGCUUUGCAGAGGCCACCACAGCGGAAGCUGCCCCAGUGGUUGCCCCGGAGCUAUGGAGACACGUCCAGCCGGUAGACAGGAGCGGACAGAGACGUAUCACCUUGCUCUGGAAGCCUCUCCAGUGGCCGCACACCAAUGGUGUGAUCCUGCGCUAUGCUGCAUCGUGCUGGGAUGAGCUAGACUCAUCCUACAGGGACUGUGGUCAUCUGGAUUCUUAUAGCAGUUCUUGCGUCCUUUCUCUCUCUGCUCACGCUUGUAAUUGCAACCUGACUGCGUCUAACUCAGCUGGGACAUCACCAUCAGCUCACAUAUACUUACCUAGAGACAAGGACGCAGAGCUCCAACCCCCUGCAAGCAUCCGUGUCUAUGCUUUGGAUGACUUCCAGCUGAAGGUUCAAUGGACAGCGACAGUGAACCAAUCAGAGUCCAGCUUUGUGGUCGAGUGGUUUCCGGUACCAGACACCACUGUGGUUGAUUUGGACUGGAAAAUCCUGAACGGCUCUGAAAAAAGCUUUAUCAUUACAGGAGUGCAUCCUGAGAUCCCGUAUAAUGUUUCUGUUCGGGUCCUUCAUAAUAACACAGCUGGAGCUGCAAUAUUUGCCAUUGCAUUUACCAGACAAGGAGCGCCCUCUGUUGGUCCAAAGCUGGAAGUGCUACAGCCAACAAGCAGUGCUGUGACUCUGAAGUGGCAGCCUGUUCCUCUGGACAAACUGCGUGGAUUCAUCCAAAACUACACUGUCCUAUAUAAAUACAAUGGCAAAAUGAAAUCUCAAGUGUUAAGUGGCGACGCGGAGCAGUUUUCUCUAAACGGGCUGUCUCCGGGACAGUAUGCCGUGUGUGUGAAGGUCCACACACUGGCAGGGGGCGCUGAGAGCCCAUGGGUCACUGUGACUAUAGGGAGUGUUCACAUACCAGUGAUGGCCAUAUUGCUGUGCACCAUAGGGACUUUGUUGCUUUUAAUCAUUUUGCUCAGCCAAGCUGAAAGGAUUCAGCAGUGUCUCUGUCCAUUUGUCCCUGACCCAUCUAAGAGCAGCCUGUCCACCUGGCCUCCUGUCUCUCAACAUCAGCAUAAGGUACCAGUCGUGGAUUUCAAACCAUCUCUCCCUCUCUUUGAGCCCAUCGGCAUGGGAGGAGGAAUAACAGGCCAUCGUGGUCACCACCACCAUGAGGACAGCAAGCUCCAUGCUUUCAGCCAGCAAACAAGAAAACAAGUCCAUAAACAAGUUUUACUAGUGGCUGAGCAAACAUUCAGUGAACCAAAUGUUGAAGAACCCACUGAAGAGCUAACCACUGACCUCAGCUAUCACAGUGGUGUCAUGGAAACCCCACAGCACUGUCACCAUAUAUCUUCUAGUUAUCCAAAAGUUCUUGACCUUGGAAAAGCUACAGUGGAUUCAGUUUUCGGUAAAAGCAACAUUGUGCCAAGAUUACAGUCCAGUUAUGAAAGAUUAGAGUCCUGUUCUGAAACCUAUGUAUCUUCUGAUUGUGCACCACGCUCCAAGUCCUGUCUCAGAGUGGACACACUGGACCCAGAUGAUCUUUUCUGUAGAAGGAGCAAUGUGUCAAGUGAAGAGCUAACCACUGACCUCAGCUAUCACAGUGGUGUCAUGGAAACCCCACAGCACUGUCACCAUGUAUCUUCUAGUUAUCCAAAAGUUCUUGACCUUGGAAAAGCUACAGUGGAUUCAGUUUUCGGUAAAAGCAACAUUGUGCCAAGAUUACAGUCCAGUUAUGAAAGAUUAGAGUCCUGUUCUGAAACCUAUGUAUCUUCUGAUUGUGCACCACGCUCCAAGUCCUGUCUCAGAGUGGACACACUGGACCCAGAUGAUCUUUUCUUUAGAAGGAGCAAUGUGUCAAGUGAAGAGCUAACCAAUGACCUCAGCUAUCAGAAUGGUGUCAUGGAAACCCCACAGCACUGUCAUCAUAUAUCUUCUAGUUGUCCAAAAGUUCUUGACCUUGGAGAAGCUACAGUGGAUUCAGUUCUCGGUAAAAGCAACAUUGUGCCAAGAUUACAGUCCAGUUAUGAAAGAUUAGAGUCCUGUUCUAAAACCUAUGUAUCUUCUGAUUGUGCACCACGCUCCAAGUCCUGUCUCAGAGUGGACACACUGGACCCAGAUGAUCUUUUCUGUAGAAGGAGCAAUGUGUCAAGUGAAGAGCUAACCACUGACCUCAGCUAUCAGAAUGGUGUCAUGGAAACCCCACAGCACUGUCACCAUAUAUCUUCUAGUUGUCCAAAAGUUCUUGACCUUGGAGAAGCUACAGUGGAUUCAGUUCUCGGUAAAAGCAACAUUGUGCCAAGAUUACAGUCCAAUUAUGAAAGAUUAGAGUCCUGUUCUGAAACCUAUGUAUCUUCUGAUUGUGCACCACGCUCCAAGUCCUGUCUCAGAGUGGACACACUGGAUCCGGAUGAUCUUUUCUGUAGAAGGAGCAAUGCGUCCAAAUUAAAGACCUAUUGCUACACUCCAGUAUCUACCAGUUAUCUCCCAGUUGCUGAUUCCUAUAUUGACUUUAGAACAGCGGUGGAAAAUUCGACUAAUCUUACCCAUAAAAGUAACCAUUUCUCAAGACUGGAGUCCAGUUCCUAUAGCCAUGUUUCAGCUACUUCUCUUACUGUCCCUGAGCCUUCGCUGGAUUUGGCUGAUAUUGUGAAAGUAAACACAGCUGACCUUCUCCAUCAGAGUAGCCAUAUGCCAAAAAAGGGGGCUCAUGGUUACAUUCACUUAUCUACAAGUUAUCUACAGUUCCCUUGACUCAUUCCGAAGCAGACUUCACUAAUAGUGUUCAUGAAAAUAAUUCUAUGUCAGGAUUAAAUUCCUGUAACUACAACCAUAUACAGUUUAGCAAUCAAAAAUCUUGUCCUGAUUUUGAAAUAGAGGAAGUGUAUAGGCCACUGAGUGCUGAAGAAUGUCCAGUUUCUUUGCAGAUUUCUGUACAGAAACAGUAUUAAUGGAGAGACAGAGCUGCUCAAAUCAUGCAGAAACACGUAACACAUAAUGCAUUAUGCUACAAGGAAAUCUCACCUCACUUUCUUAUUUAAUGCACAGUCAAAGUUGGGAACCCAGUCCUGGUUUUCCAGAGAGAACAAUUUUUUUUUUUUUUUUUUUUUUUUUUUUUUUUAAAGAGUUAUUUCAAGGUUAUGCUGCAUCAGAAGAUCGCACAACCUGGAUGGUGAUUUAUUAAAAACAGUUAUGAUGGUUGUCAAAAGAUACGGAUAAAGGAAGGAACAUUUUUCUUUGCUAUAUAGAAACAAGUAAACUGAACAAGGACUGAAACGCACCAGUUAUUGUUUCAUUUUAUUUUUUACUUUUACCAUUGUCUACCUCACUAUAACCUGCUCAAAUGUUUACUAAUUUUCACUGCCAGAAAAAUGUGAAAAAUUUACGUUAUACUGUACAUGAUAUAAUAAUGAUGUAAACUCAUUUUCUCACACUGGAUCCCAGUUUCCACUGGUACUCAAUUACAGAAGUCUCAGCCUCAGAUGAUCCACCCAAAGGCCACAGACCAUCUGAUGUAUUUUGUACACUUUUCUGGUCACAAGCUGCAGGAUCUUAAAGGAUGUAAUGUAGGCUGCCUGUACUUCAAUGUAUUUGCUCUGCUGUGCAUCAAUUUCCAGUGAGAAAACAAACACGAACACAAUGGGCAUUUUGCUGUGAAUUCCACCUUGAAGUUAAUUCUUUUUUAAUUAAUAGCACAUCCAGUAGCAAACUGUAUGAUUCCUCUUAUACCAUUCCUCUUUAUCAAUGAUUACGAUUUUUCUUUAUUAAUGAAAGAAUGAGGUACUUUUUAUUCAAAUGUUGUGUUGACAAAACAAGUUGCUAUAUGUUAUCACAUAUUAUAAAAGCUAGCAGCAGUUGUUCCCUCACCAGCAUAUCUCUCUCUCUCUCUCUCUCUCUCUCUCUCUCUCUCUCUCUCUCUCGUUCAUAAAAUGCAGCAUGUUAUAUAACUGCAAAACUGCAAAGCGCAAUGUCCUGGCUUUCCUCAUGGCAACAAAAAACUAAAGUGCUGACACUGACUAAAGUCUGCUUUCAUGAUUGUUAAACAUCUCUUUACAGAAAGCGUCACCAGAGUAAUGAUUAUGUUUUAAAUUACUAUAAUCCUUUAAAUUAUGUCUGCCUUACAAAUCCUGGUGAAUUAGUUGUUGCUAUAAAAUUAAUAAUGUAUUAGAACAGGCGCAUAAACAUAAACCUGUGAUUUGCCUUGGUGAUGGCUCUACUGUCCGAGCUGCUGUUAUAGAAAAUUAAUCAACACCUUCUGACCAAUCAGAAUUGAGAGUUGUGGUAUGGUUUCACAUGUAUCACUAUUAUUUUUGCCAAAUUGUAUAGCAAGAAGUACAAGACUCCUUAGCGGAUGCUAGUAUUCCAGUUUGUGAGACUACUCGAAGGUGAAUGUGGGUAAAAAUGAAUUUGUGUACAUAUUGUACAGUGUCUGUUGUGCUAUUAUGUGCUGUGUGUUGCACAAGUCUACAUAUCAAGCCAACAAAUGCGUGCACUGCCUUUAUUUAUUUAUUAUGAUAACAUUUUGAUCUCUGGAACUGGUCUUAUAUUUUGAAGUAAAGAACGUGGAAGUGUCUGCUCCUCUUGAAGCACUGGACUUGUUCACGCUUGUUGUUACAUGCCUGCGUUCGCAUUUGAGUGCAUUUUUGUGUUGUGUCUCUAUAUUUAUGGCUUUUCUGUAUCAACAAAGAGCACAGCAGGACGAUUGCUGUGAUGUCAUCAUGUGAGGACAGAUUCAAUUGAUGAAUGAUGAACUUUCACCUGAAGAUAACUUCACCAGAUGUGACUCAGUCCAAUGUGAAGGAAUCAUGUCUAUUACCUUGACAGUUAGAACUCUGAAACCUGCUUAAAAAAAGUAUAAAUAAUAAAAAUAAACAGUAACUGCCAUGUCCUUCAGAAUGCACUUAAAAUACUAAAACCAGUCAUUUAUCUGUUACACAGUCACUACCAUUUAAAUACACAUGAACAAGUAUCAUACAUGAAUUACAUGGACUAAGCAAAGUUAAUUUAUGCCAUUUAAGUUAAAGUUCACCCAAACACAACCUAGCAGGGUAUUUUUUUAUGUUAAUUUACAAAUGCAAAACUAUGUGUAAUUAUGUAAACCUUUGUUACACUAUGACUUUGUAUGAUGUUUGUGUGUUAAAUAAGGUUGUUGUAUAGUACUAGCUGCAUAUUUUAUUUUACUUUGCUAUACACUGUAGCCUACAUUAAAAUGGGCAGAAUACAGAAAAAAAACAGCUGAGUGCAGUUAAUUUAUCCAUGGAUUUCCCCACUAUUAGAUACAAUGUAUUGUUACUAAAUAUAACGUUAUAUGAUUUGUCACCACCAUUUUUUCAGGAGUCAUGGUAGCUAAGUGAUUAUCAGUUGCUACCUUCAGUAAUGACAAUUUGAAGUUCUUGGCAACCCUUCAAAAUCCACUGCAUUGGCUUCAGUUAUUUCCCUUGGACUGAACUCCAGGUAUCAUUUGUGUUUGACUGAAGAUCUGUUCAAGUCUGUUUGGUU